AUGGCUCAAAAGUCGGCUGCAGUACAGCGGGAGUGCGAAUUUAAUGACCGGAAGGACCGUGGUUCGAACCCGUCUGCAUCUCGACUUCUCCUGUCUAGGCUUUGGCAACCUGGCAGUACCCCAGCCCUCGUACCAUCUUCGGGUGGCAUGGCAGCUAGGCACCGGAGGGCUGUUACAGCUAAACCAUUUUGCCUUGCCUUACGAAAUCUAUCUGUCAUCAACGUUUUCUCGUUUUUCAGGUGGUGUGACUCUCCUUACCUUCACGCUCGGCUCCCUAAUAAAUCGAGAUCCAAACAUUUGACUGACGUCAUGACUAGUCGACACACUGUGACUUCUCACCACACCAACAAGGUCAAGCUUGAGGUAGGGGCGAGAUGGCUCAAGUGGUUAGAGCGCGAAGUUACUGACCGGGAGGUCUGUUGGUUUGAGUCCGACCUCUGCCUCUCGACUUCCCUGUCUAGGCUUGGGCAACCUAGCAGUAUCCCAGCCCCCGUCCUUGGCAUGGCAGUUAGGCACCGAAAUGGUGUUACAGCUGCUGGCUGUACAGCAUUGAAGCAUUAG